AUGACAACAGACAGUCUAUGUGUUGAUGAUAAGGAAUUCUUAGCAAAAUGUGAGGAAGAAUUCAAGGACCGAUAUACAGAGAACGAUGAAGAUUUUAUGAAAGUAUUUAAUGCAGAACCAUCAAAUCCCCCAAUAUUAGAGAAUUGGUGGGGAUCUCAGAACUAUGGGCGUCGAAAUGACCAACGAAGGCGAUUUGAUAGCUCAAGUAAAAGGCAAAGAGGUUAUGAAGAUCGGGGAUACCAAGACAGGAGUAUCCACGAACGUGGUUACCAAAACCGUAGCUACCAAGACAGAGGCUACCAAGAACGAGGUUACCAUGAACGAGGCUAUCAAGAACCAGACUACCAAGAACGAGGUUAUCAAGAUAGGGGUUAUGAAGAACAAACAUAUCGAGGUAAAAGACACUCCGAUCAGGAUAGGCAGGAUAGAGAUGAUCCUCCUUCUAAGAGAGGAAGAAUGCAGUGA